UGUGUGUGCUUUGGGUACAUAUAAUGAGAAGGGAGGAGGAGGAAGCUUGAGAAGCAAUUGCUCCGCCAGUGGGCGUUUUCUGGCUGCUGCCGGAGCGUCCAUGGGAGGCACUGCAGUGAUUUUAUCCGCUGCUUUUGAGCAUCCAUCGAACAACAUAUAUAUCAGAGAGCAUAGAAAACACACAGAGCCCAUAGGUAUACUCGCUCCCCCUCCCCCAACCUCCACAACUGGAGAAGAGGAGUCCUUGUUCCAUUCGGGAGCCACUGCUGGACCAGCCCCGACAGACAUCAUCAUGUCUGUCCCUUCCACCUAGAGAGGGGGAUGAAAAUGUGAAGAUUUUACUGGGCGGGGAACCGAAGACAGGAGAGGGGGAGAGGCACCCCCUCCCCCAAACCUUUCGCAGUGGUUAGCCUGGAAAGCUCCUAGCGGGGAGGGGAGCAUAGACGGAGAGAGGCGCCUGGCUGCGUCCCUGGCUUUUCGCUCCCCCACCUCGCGGCGUCUCUAGCAAACGUCCUGCCUCGAACUACCGCGAAAAAGGGAGGAGGGUCAUGUCCAACCCCGAGAAGCAGCUUUUAUCCCGCCCCCAGGCCCCUCUGUCUGCAGACGGGAAAAGGCUCAGAUCCGGCCACUACCGACUGCACUCGGAUCUCGGCGGCGGCGGCGGCAACGGCCAGGGCGGGGACGGUUCUAGCGCUCCGAAGGUUGGGAACGCCCGCGGUUUCCCCUUGCUUCUGGCCCGCGCAGACCUGGGCACAGAUUGUCCGGGCCCCGGCGCCGCUUGCUUCUCUUCGUGCGGUACUCGCGGCGGCGGCGGCGGCUGCAGCAGUCGUAACGGCAGCGGGGUCGUCCCUCGAUCUCCUUUCUCCGUUCCCUCUUCCUCCUCCCCCUUUCCGUCCUCUUCUCCAUCUUCCUUUUACUUCUUGCCGCCCCCGCCUCCCCCUCCUCCUCCUCCUCUUCUCCCCUCCUCGUCUUGCUUUCACCUCCCAGCGGGUCUCCAAGGAAGGGAGGCAGCAGCAGCAGUAGCAGCAGCAAGAGGAGGAGGAGGACGUAGAGGAGGAGGAGAUGUUGGAGGAGGAGGAGGAAGAGGAGAAGAAACAGCUCCCUUGAUCGUCCACCCGAGCAAUAGUAGUAGCAGUAGCAGCAGCAGCGGCAGUGGCAGCGGCAGCAGGAGGCGGCGGCUGUUUUUCUCUCCUCCUUCCCUCCAGGGUUUACUGCUCCCAGUCGGCCCCCGGCUGCAGCAGCAGCAGCCGCCACCACCACCGCAGCCACCUCGGCUUCUCCUUUCCUCAGCCUCCUGCAGCCUGUGGUCCUACAAUUUCCUCGGCGCUGCAGGCGCUGCCGGCGCCGGCGGUGGGGUCGGAGGCGGCGACCGGGGUUACACCAGCAGCAGCCGCAGCAAAAUUCAGCGGCGGCAGCAGCGGCAGCAACCGCCUAGAGGCUCCUUCUUCUUCGCUGCCUCCUCCCCCUUGUCACUAGGGUCAGACAUGGAAGAUGGAUCUUCUAGAAAUGCAAGCUGCUUUAGAAGGUUUACGGAGUGUUUCUUGAACCCGAGUCUGACAGAUGAAAAAGUGAAGGCCUAUCUUUCUCUUCACCCCCAGGUACUCGAUGAAUUUGUUUCUGAAAGUGUAAGUGCCGAGACAGUUGAGAAAUGGCUGAAGAGGAAAACCAACAAACCGGAAGAUGAAGGAGUUUGUAAUGAAAUCACCCGGUCAACUGUGACCCAGAAGACAUUGAAGUCAGACAAGAGAAUUGACAGACUAUCUCAGAAUCUAGCAAGGUCAGGUAUAAACCCACUGAGAUUGCCAUCAGACUCUCCAGGGAAACCUUUAAGUACCGGGGAUACAAACAUGCAAGGCGUUGUAUAUGAACUAAACAGCUAUAUAGAACAACGGUUGGAUACAGGAGGAGACAACCAGCUACUGCUCUAUGAAUUGAGUAGACUCAUCAAAAUAGCCACAAAAGCAGAUGGAUUUGCACUGUAUUUCCUGGGAGACUGCAAUAAUAGUCUAUGUAUGUUCACACCACCUGGAGUAAAGGAAGGAAAACCACGACUCAUCCCAGCUGGGCCAAUUACCCAUGGUACAACAAUAUCUGCUUAUGUAGCCAAAUCAAGGAAAACAAUGCUAGUAGAAGAUAUCCUUGGGGACGAACGAUUUCCCAAAGGUAUUGGACUGGAAUUGGGGACACGUGUCCAGUCUGUUCUUUGUUUACCAAUUGUCACCGCGAUUGGUGACCUCAUUGGUAUCCUUGAACUAUAUCGGAACUGGGGCAAAGAAGCUUUCCAUAUCUGUCACCAAGAGGUUGCCACAGCAAAUCUUGCCUGGGCCUCAGUAGCAAUACAUCAAGUGCAAGUAUGCAGAGGCCUUGCCAAACAGACUGAAUUGAAUGACUUCCUACUUGACGUAUCAAAGACCUAUUUUGAUAACAUAGUUGCAAUAGAUUCUCUACUUGAACACAUAAUGAUAUAUGCAAAAAACUUGGUGAAUGCAGAUCGUUGUGCACUAUUCCAGGUAGACCAUAAGAACAAAGAAUUAUAUUCAGACCUUUUUGACAUUGGGGAGGAAAAUGAAGGGAAGCCUGUCUUUAAGAAGACCAAAGAAAUAAGAUUUUCAAUUGAUAAAGGAAUAGCUGGUCAGGUGGCUAGAACAGGGGAGGUCCUUAACAUCCCAGACGCCUAUGCAGACCCACGCUUUAACAGGGAAGUAGACCUAUACACAGGUUAUACUACACGGAAUAUUUUGUGUAUGCCUAUUGUGAGUCGAGGGAGUGUAAUCGGCGUUGUACAGAUGGUAAACAAAAUAAGUGGAAGUGCCUUCUCCAAAACUGAUGAAAACAACUUUAAAAUGUUUGCAGUCUUUUGUGCUUUAGCCUUACACUGUGCUAAUAUGUAUCAAAGAAUUCGCCAUUCAGAGUGCAUUUACCGAGUAACUAUGGAAAAGCUUUCCUAUCACAGCAUAUGUACUGCAGAAGAAUGGCAAAACCUCAUGCAUUUCACAGUCCCAGCAAGCCUCCACAAAGAAAUUGAAUUGUAUCAUUUUGAUAUCAGUCCUUUUGAGGAAAUGUGGCCUGCCAUUUUUGUCUACAUGGUACAUCAGUCCUGUGGGACAGCCUGCUUUGACUAUGAAAAGUUAUGUCGUUUUAUUAUGUCUGUUAAGAAAAACUAUCGACGAGUUCCUUAUCACAACUGGAAACAUGCAGUUACUGUGGCACAUUGCAUGUAUGCCAUACUUCAGAAUAAUCAAGGGCUUUUUACAGAUCUAGAGCGAAAAGGACUUCUGAUUGCAUGCCUAUGUCAUGACCUGGACCACAGGGGAUUCAGUAAUAGCUACCUUCAGAAGUUUGAUCACCCUUUGGCAGCUCUCUAUUCCACCUCAACCAUGGAGCAGCACCAUUUUUCGCAGACAGUAUCCCUCCUACAGUUGGAAGGGCACAAUAUCUUCUCCUCUCUGAGCUCCAGUGAAUAUGAGCAGGUGCUGGAGAUCAUCCGCAAAGCCAUCAUCGCCACAGACCUUGCUCUGUACUUUGGGAACAGAAAGCAGUUGGAGGAGAUGUACCAGACAGGAUCGCUAAACCUUAAUAAUCAAGCACAUAGAGACCGGGUAAUUGGUCUAAUGAUGACUGCUUGUGACCUUUGUUCUGUAACAAAGCUGUGGCCAGUUACAAGAUUGACAGCUAAUGACAUAUAUGCAGAGUUCUGGGCUGAGGGUGAUGAAAUGAAGAAAUUUGGAAUACAGCCUAUCCCUAUGAUGGACAGAGACAAAAAGGAUGAAGUACCUCAAGGCCAACUCGGCUUCUACAAUGCUGUAGCGAUUCCCUGUUAUACUACCCUUAUGGAGAUCUUUCCCCCUACUGGACCCCUGCUCCGGGCUUGCAGGGAUAAUCUUGGCCAAUGGGAGAAAAUAAUUAGAGGAGAGGAAAGUCUUAUAUGGCUUCCAAACCAGACAGGAACUCCAGAGACCUCUAGCUCACUGCCUUUGAAGAUUGAUCAACAAUGAUUAUUAGUUUUUGCCUGAAAGCUUCAUCCUCAUCCCUCUCUUUUUUAUAUUAUUUUAUUUUAUGGAGGGAGCAUGAAACAGAAAAAAAAAGCCACACCUGCUAAGUGGGACAACCUUUUCAAGGAAAGUAACAUCAAGGAGAUAUCUCAACGGGAUGACUACCUACCAAUCUCAUCUGUGAUGUACUGUAAACAGUGAGAAAUGAGGACUACUCAUGUUUUGGGAUCAGCUGUCCAAGUAAACUCCAUAUGACUUGCAAAGUGGCCUUUUCUUAGGGGCUUUUGCUGAAGCCUUAAUUUAAAACUGAAGAAAAUCAUACCACGGGGGUACUUUUUAAGCUGUAGCUUUCUAGAGAAGGUUUAAAAUGGUACUUUAAUUGUAUUGUUCUUUGGCAGGCUUUCACAAUGAUGUUGCUUGGAAGUUCUUGGUUAUGAAUAGGAAUUUUUACACAUUACUAUGGUGAAUGUGUUUAUGUGUGAUCUACUUAUAAUCAGUUUGACCUCUAGCAGAAAACCUAAGCACUACAGCUGUCACUGAGGCUCCAAUACAUGGAGUUUCUUUCUGCAGUCAAAAGUGCAACCAGUUUCCAAGUUCAGAGCUCUAAAACCCAUUUUAAUCAGUGAUUCCAGCUGACUGUUGCAUGCCAGGAGUUGCAAGUUAGGAGAGCUUACUUUCGAGAUCAUCCACUUUCUUUUUUCUAAAUACCAAAACUUAGGUAGAACCUUGAACAAAGUCUUAUUCACUUCAUAGCAAACCUAGAAAUAAUUUAUUUUUCCUUUUUUUUUAAGUGGUACUAGAGAAUCAAUUCAUCUGGCCUUCUCACCUGAAGGUUCAAAUUUAGUGGGUGUAUUGAGAACAGAAAAAAGAAGGAAAGGGUAUAAUUUCCAACCAGCUUGCCCUGUUGAUCACAAAUGUAUUCUCUUUUAUAGUGAGAGAAUCUUUUUUGUAACCAGUUUCACAAAUGUCCAUUUUCAGACACAUUUCCCAACUCAAAAAAUACUCGUGCAAAUGGUCUCCAAAUGCCAGACAUUUUUUUAAAUUCACCUACUGAUUUACUGAUAACCAGAACUUUUGAUCCACAGCUUGCUUUGCCCAUUUGGCAAUCUUCCUGUGAGACAAUAGUAAUGCCCAUGUAUUUCUAUCAACAUGUACUCAUGGGAGCAACACAGAAGAGCCACAGAUACCUGUUUCCUUAUUACUACAUAACAGUUUUGUAACCAGACUUCCAAGUGGAAAGAUCCAUAGGUUUUGGUGGCACAUUGUUAUAUAGUCUUUUGUUGAAUUGAAAAUCACUGUUCAUGAUGCCAGUUAAGAAAAGAAAGCACAACUCCAAAACACUUUGGACCAGAUCUUGUGUGAUUUUUGAAUAGUUUACUAAGGGGGUAUUAGCCAAACACUUUGUGAGUGCUGAGGGACAUGAGUUAUUAAAGAUGCUGAGAAAACAAUUAGCACAAUGCUACAAGCUGACCCAAAAGGGUCAGCCUGCUUCUAGACCUGACAGGCUUGCUUAAAGUAAGUAACAUUCACCUAAAAAGAAAUCGGAGUAUUUAUUUUAAUUUAAUAAGUUUUAAAAUACUCUCUUUAUAAUAUGAAUUACACUCACAUUUUCAUAUGUAGAGGAGCUUUGUGUAUUAAAAGUGGAAAAACAUAACUUUGUAGAAAGACUUAGAAGGUUAUUGUGAAAGUAAUGAGAUGGAGUUCACAAGUUGCCCAUGAAAAUCUGUCUCAUUGCCAUAUUACUGAGCCACCUCCCCAUUUGUUGGUUUCUGAACCUCACUUUCCAAUUCUCCAGUCUCCAAGUCUCUCUAGAAUUCCCAUUCCUAGUUCACCUGUGGAAUCUAUUUCCCAUAAACCAAAGGAAACACAGGAGCACCACUGUGAUUACUGUGAUUAAAGAAACAAAAUUGAUGUGUUAAGAAGAUGAUAAAAUCCAAUUUAUUCUUUGAGAAGAGCUGUUUUAAAAUUUAUGGGAAAUUUAUAAAGUCUGAAAAGGGAUUGUAUCAAAAUUGAGAAAAGCCUUAAGUACAAAGAGUAUCAUGUACAUAAGAAAGCUUUGUAACAGCGUCCUACAAGAGGGCUUCACUCCUCCAGGAGUAAUUUAGUGAUUUUUGUCAUCAAGAACCAAUAUUAACAAAGAAGAAUUCCUCAAAGUAUUGUAUUUGAAUUAAAAGCUACUGAAGGAAGCAAGUUGAUUGUUAUCUCUCAAUCUUAGAAAAAUUUGGCUAUUUCUCUUUCUGACAGUCAAUACUGAAAAUAGUCUUAAUCACUUUGCUGUAGGUAGCACGGGCACUUCUUAGGUAGAGAAUCUCAUCGGUAGCUAUGAAAUCUAGAUUUGGCUGUUUGUUAGCUGAUUCUUUGCAGAUACUUUCCCAAGAGAUAGAAUUUGGCAAAAAACCAAAUGAUAAAUUGAAUACUACUUUAGGGCAUUCCAGACUACCAAGGUCUCAUAGGCUUGUCAAAAAAAAUUUUUUUUAACUCAGAUACUGUAAUAUUUGGUUAACAUGUUUUGGAAAAAAAGCAGUCCAGGGGUGUUUUCAUGCUUUGCCAGAUGUUGUCCCAGUACUUAACAGGCAGGCUUGCUGAUCUGUGUUUCCCAUCUUUCUCUCAGCUCUUAAAGGGCAUUGCAAUGCCUGUAGCCAGCCAGAUGCCUUUUAUUACCAGAAGUUUUGAUGUGCUUCUCUGUAGAGGAAUACUUUCUAUUUGGCCAAUUUUCCCUUGUGGAAUUAAGGACAUUAUUAAGGACAUAGCUGUGGAUAUAUGGAGUGUUUCAAAGCUUGCAGAAAAUUAUAUUGAUUAUGAUGAGGUAUAAAUCAAGCAGUUUUCUUGUCACAUAGAAUGUAUCUCAUACUAUUUUUCCAGGUGUUGUAAAAUUUAUGGGUAUCCAUGCCAACUUCAAAUAUUAAAGUCAGACAGAAGGAAACCCUAAACUGAAAGAGAGCAACAUUAGCAAUUAGCCUUUGAGAGAGAAACCAGGAUGAAUUAAAUGUUUGCUCUAAAAGAAAAUGGAGCGUUUUCUGAGUAACAAUUGCUAAACUGCCUUAUUCAUCAACAGCACAAAACAAAACAAAAAAAAAAACCAAUUGAUUGUGAUCCCUGGGCCCAGUACAGUUUGACUUUACCUUUGAAAAUCCGAACCCACUUCUCUUCUUCAUCUCUACCUACUUGUCUAGCCCUGCCAUUAGUCUUCCACUCCAAAUGAAAAGGGAAAAAAAAUGUUUCUAUGAAUUAUUUCUACAGCCAGUGCCAGAGCUGCAAAAAAUCACAAUGAACUUGAAGCUAGAUUUUUGUUGGAAAAUGCCAUGCAUUCUUUGGGAUAUUUUUAAUUUGAAAUAACCAGGUCCUAAUGUAGUUUAAAAGCCACACUCAAGCACAUUCAGCACGCUGGUGCAUAAUAUUGAUAUUUGGUUAUCAUACCAUCCAAAGCAUGUUAAAGAAAGCUUUUUCAGCAGGGUCUGUAUAGAUUUGUGUUUGCAUAUUUUCUGAAGUGAUCUUACUUGUUAUUAAGAGUCCUAAUAGGGCCAGACUGUUCAUUCAUACUGCUCUCCCCAUUCUCCCCUCCCCCCCCAAAAAGCAUAACUCACAACUCUUCCCUACAACUUUACAUAUUCAUUAUGAAUGAAUGAAAAAGUAUUUAUAAACUAAUUUGUCAAGAACUGUGCUUAGCUGGCUGGGGAAUGCAAAUAGAAAUAAAUAGUCUCUUCUCUCUAGGAGCCUAUACUUUAAUUGGAGAAAAUAGCACAGAAAAGAUUGUGAGUUUGUAGAGAGAUAAAAAAGCCAGGACGUCCUAUGGGUACAGUAGUGAGGGCGAUGUCCAGGUCUAGGGUUCCUUAGACCACAUAUGUAGGUCCGAUACUACUUCCCAGGGUCUGUAGGGCAUAGAUGGUAAGAGAUGCAGGAACUUAGGGAAUAGUAACACAGUAAUAGGUGUUAUAAAGCCUGCUGGUGUUCCAUCUCAUCAGGAGGAAGACAGCAUUGAACACUCAUCUCACCCAUAAGCUGCCACAGCCCAUCCAAAGAAACUGUGUUCAACACUAACAAAAGCUUUUUAACGGGAUAAAAAUGGUUGUUUCAUGAAUAGGGUGAUUCUCUUAAUAGUCUUUUAUUUAACUUCAAACAUUCCUGUAUAUCACUUAUGAUUGUAAACAGUGGACUGGAGGCUAUUCAGACUGAGUAAAUUACGCAGAACUGUGACUUUAAUUAAGAUGUGAUCUUGUUGGGUUUCAGGUGUGCACAUAAACAUUAAGUUCUGAAAAUCUUAUAUUUCAAAUGCAGACACUUCUACUCCAUUCUGUUUGCUGACUAAUGCUUUUCCUUUAUUCACAGGCUAGAUAUGUGACAUAUAUUGCAAGUUAUUAGCCUGACCUAACAUCAUUGUAAGAUGCAGAUUAGCUGGAAUGUGCCAUCACUUGUGAUUUUGAGAAGUUUGGUCAUAGGAGGAGGUUGUGUUAUGUUUACAUUCUCACAAGUAUUACUUUUAUUCAUAAAGUACUUUUCCACUGAUGUCUUUUAACACGUUAGUCUGAGAGUAGUACUGUUGACAACCGAUGCAGGAUAGCCUUCACAUUCAUACUUGAUAUCCAGGUUCUGUGAAUUGCUAAAUGUAUUAGGGAGAUGAAAGUUGUUGCACUAUGAUAAAAAAAUGAAUUUUUUGAAAAUGAAUUUUUAUGAUUCUAAAUUAAGUAUAUCAAGGAAGUAAACCUUUGGGUGGGUGGAACAAAAAGACACUGGCUUUCCCACAAAUAUUGUUUGAACAAUUGGUUGUUUUAAAUUCCCACAUAGCAUUAUUUUCAUUCAAGUUCUAAUGUUCUUUUCUCCUCUAAAUCCACAAUGACAAAGAAAACGUUGUAAUGUGUAUUUGAGAGUUCUUUUUACCCCACAAGUGGUAGAAAACUGGCAUCCAAAAGCACAUUACACUCAAUUCAGCUGGUACACUGUGUUUACUGAAACUAACGCUGAAAGGGAAACACAGAAGCUGAAUUUGAAGAGAUUUUGGAGGAAUUUGAAGAGAAGAUGAUAUUACAUGUCAGUUUUCAGCUGAUAUAAUUAAAUUGUAUAUUUAUAGAAGCCUAAUUGGAGGGAUUUUGUUCCAGUUGUAAGCUAAAAUGUUAAAAUAUGUGUUAUUUACAUACUCUAGUAAGCUUGUUCUAAAACAUCAUGUUAAUUAUAUCAUGGCAUAUGGCACUGUAACAUUUAUUUCUUCUUGAGGCACCAUGAUACAAAGUGCUGUGAGAUGUCUAAAUAUCCUUUUUGUGUAUCCCAUCAGACAUUUGAAGCUUAUUUUUCCUUAUGUGUGUGGACUGUUCUAUACGUAAACUCCUUUACUUAGUUACUCAGCCAGAUUAAGUAAAAAUGUUCUGUAAUUUGUUCUAUAGAAGCCAUUUCUACACAAGACCCUCACUUGCUCACCAGACCUGUCCACUGAAAAUAAUGCCCUUGCCUAAAACACUGUGAUAUAGUUACCAUGAUGUGCAGUGAUACAGUACAUUCAUUCUGUCUGGAGACAGAAAAUUGCCACCCCUGUCCAAAUGAAUCCUCAGCCAGAAUUGAGAGUCCCUAUCCCAACCUAGCAAAGUAGAUCACAACCUGCUGGUGGUGGUCUACAUGCUGACCAAAAACUGUGCAUGGAUGUCAAAUUGGGUAUGUGAGGCAUCAAAAUAGAGAGAUGAAUAAAAAACUAUUUGGUGUGGUAGAUUGAUCUGUUUCUGAAGGUCUGUUGGGCUAGUCUAUCAAGGAGAAAGAACCUUAAGGUAACAACAUCCAGUUUUACUACAGUUCAUAACUUAAUGAGCUAAAAAUGAUUUUCUAUGUAUGACACAAAGAAAUCUUUGUACAAAAAUAUGCACAGUGCAAUAAUUUAAAAAGGUCUUAACUUUGCAUUUAUAAAUUAUAAAUAUUGUACAUGGUGUGUAAUUUUUCAUGUAUUCAUUUGCAGUCUUUGUAUUUAAAAGAAUCCUUUAUUGUUAUGUUUGUAUAAUAGAACAGUAAUCAUUUAUUAUGAUCUAGGCAAGUUGUAAAUAAAUUCAUAAACCAAA